AUGAGGCAGACCCACAAAACGUCUCUGCACCUCUGCAUGGUGGCCGGCCUCUCCACCGGCUCCGCCCGGGCUCACCCCGUCCACAGCGCCGGCGGCAGGCCGGAGGAGCCACUGACCUCCGCGGAGAGCAGCCCGCUGCCGCUGCAGUCACAGUCGGCAGAGCUGAGCCUGAUCCUGAUAAUGCUGUACUGCGGGAUGUCAUUUGGCCUGAGUUUGGCCAGUGGGCCAGGCGCCCUUGAACAAGACGUCGCUGGUAGUCUCGUGGAAGAAAAAGAUCUCUUUUCGGAUGACUCGCUCGGCGCCGCAGUCAAAGAAGAACUUUUCAUCGAAGUACUCUCUCGUCCCCGGUCUUGCGUGGUGAAAGUGAACGGGAAGACCGUCCUGUACCGCGACAAGCUGGAUGCCAAGCCACCCCCGUCAUACUUCAGCACCCACAUGUCGAUGGAAGGCACGUACGCGGUGGUCGUGCAUCCGACCUCGGGAGAGAGGACGGCAGAUGUACACGCGACGGGUCAUGACCCGAACGGCGCCUUCUACGGCAUGGAGGAACUCCUCAACAACGUGCAGAAGGGACGGAUCGUCGCCUUCUGCACAAUGGGCGAAGCAGCUCUCUCCAUGGAUUCCAAGGCGGAGGAUGUGUUUCGAGCCUUGAACUCCAGUUACAUGCCGGACCUGCAGAUGCGCUCCAUGUUCGCCAUGGUCGCUGUCAAAGACGGAGACGUGUUGGCAGAGGGCUACAACGUCAACCUGGACGCGCUGGACUGGACCCACCCCGGCUACACGCUCCGACUGACUGUGUCGGUACCGAAGAAGACCUUUAAAGAGGCUGUGUGCGACCAACUCCAAACGCCUGAACACAGCGAGAGGGCAGCAUUCUGCCAGAAACAUGACGGAUACCGCGGGCUUUGUGACUGCGAUAACCUGGUGCCCACCAAGUAUGCCCCCAAACCGUUCGAAGACGGCACGUUCUUCAAAUUCCCCGUCGUCAUAAUGGCAAGCAACCGACCUCAAUAUUUGUUCAGGUGCCUGUCGUCGCUGCUGCCGGUGCGCGGUCUGGACCUCUCCCGGCUGGUGGUGUUUCUGGACGGCGACUUCCCGGAGGUGCGGCAACUGCUGAUGCUGCUCGGGAUCCGGCUGCACCGGCACGUGGUCGAGCCGAUCGGCCUCGCUUCCCGCGCCGUCGGCACGCGCAUCGGCUUCAACUACAGAUAUACAAUAGAGCAAGCAUUCAACAUGUUCCCGGAUGCUGAAAAACUCGUCCUCUUGGAAGAAGAUCUGGAGGUGGCACCAGAUUUUCUCAGCUACUUCCAACAAACGCACCAUCUACUUGACAAGGACGUCAGCUUGUACUGCAUAUCCGCCUGGAAUGAUCAUGGGUACCAGCACACGGUGGGAGAUCCAGCCAUGCUAUACCGGAUUGGUACUCUACCCGGACUAGGAUGGAUGCUGAAGCGAAGCUUUUUCUUCAAUGAAGUCAUUCCGAUAUGGCCUGAAGACUGGGAGACGUUCGACUGGGACGUCUUGCUGAGGCUGGGCAGUAUCCGGAGAGGGCGCGACUGCAUCAUUCCUGACGUGUCGAGGACCUACCACUUCGGCUUCGUGGGAAACCACGUCAAUUCCGGCAUGCAGUUCGCGUUUUUCUACGACCACGCUCUGAACACGAUUCCGGACGUGAAGCUCAAAGACGUUGACAGGAUGGUCUUCCAUGAAUACGAGAAGCUACUGCACGAGCUGGUAACCACCGGCACCAAACUGGAUGGCGACGCUCACACCAACUCAACCUCCUGCAAGCGCAUCAUCCCUUCCGAUACGAAGAACCAGACAUACCUGAUGUUCCUGAGGAUGUAUGGCCCAGAGGACACGGAGCCCUGGUUGAAAGUUGCCACGUGCCUCAACCUCUGGGACAUGGACAGCCGUGGUGACCACCAUGGUAUCUGGCGCUUUUGGUACAACGGAAACCACAUCAUGGUGCUCGGAGUGCCUUUCUCUAGACUCUCGGCGUUCGCUGUCAACAACAAGGAUGACGUGACGGUCUUCGGGGGCAAACGGAGCAAGGCCAUGCGGGUGGCCGGCCGGUGGCCGCCUGGGAUGCGCCGUGACAGCACGGCGGACAGGCAGCGCCGCAUGCGGCUGUCGGCCGCCGCGCUCCGCAUCAACCCCGCCUUCAUCUCCGAAGUGACCGAGAACAGCCGCGCCUGA